UAGACUGAUGGGUUGGGCUGUCAUAAUAUAUUGUGAAUUCGUUUGUUUAUUUAAUAUUUAUUAAUUGAUUUUAUUUUUUAAACUAGACGUUUAAGCGAUAAUAACAUAGCAAAAUGAUAAUUUUUCUCAGUGAUUUGCAAAAGGAACACCUUAGUCUACUUCACCAACAUUCCACACAAGUUUUGGUCGACUUCUGUAAGCUUGCCAUAGAGUAUUUGAAUAAUGGGAGUAACGGUAAAAAGUAUGCUGUUGCUGCAGAAAAACUAAAUGUUGCUCUACCUAUGAUACAAAAUGUGGUCCAUGCUUUAGUGUACCUCAUUGUAGAAGCAUGUAAACAUAACUUAUCAGAUGGUGACUUCAAGUCUUCCCUAGCAUUAGCUGGUUUCUCUUCAGAACAACAGGAGGUUCUGCUCAAAUUGUAUGUGACAAAGAAAACUGAGCUAUCUGGAGCUUUAUACCUUUUACAACAGAAAGACCCCUCAUACCAGGACCUUAGAUGGAGGUUUGAAAUCCAGGUGGCGUCAAGACAUUGCGAAGAACAAAUAAAGCCAAUGGUUGCAGUAGAUUUUAUACUAAUGACUCCGAAACAUUUUGGACAGAAUAAAGAUGAAAAGGGAAAGGAUAUCGACUCAAUCAAUGAAAGUAAAUGCACAUCGCCUGUACACAUUAACUCCAAUAUACGAGACUCGAAGACGGCCAGUCAAUGCCAGAAUAUUAUAAAUCAUGUGCUACUACAGCUAGACUUACCAAACUUAAUAAAUCUUACCAAUAAAUUAGACCAAGCUUUGAAAGAAUCCAAGAGUCAACAUGUACGUAAAGUUCAAAGAGCAUUGUAGUGUGUGCCCUAAUAACCUGGUAAUAAGUAACAGAAAUUGUGUAAGUAUUUUUAUAGAAAUAAAUAAAAAAUGUG